AUGUCGCAGUCGAAACAUGAUGAACCUCAACCUGAAGUAUUUACGAAAGAACGCAAGGAGAAACUCACGGAGAAAAUGUCAGAGCUGACGAAAAAGCCAUUGGAGCUACUGGAUUUGGAUAUGAAUGACGACAUGCUCGCGGAAGCGGUCAUCAAAGCUGAUAAUGCCAUCGAUAAGUUCGAAAUGGAAAUGAACAUGGCAGAGUACAUAAAGAAAAGCUUCGAUAAAAUGUUUUCCCCUCCCUGGCAUGUGGUCGUUGGUCAUAUGUAUGGCUCCAGUGUUGUCCACGAUAAUGGAACGUUUGCAAAUUUCAUUCUGGGUGACAUGGGAUUUCUCAUAUACAGAGGAAUGAGCUGA